CGCUUUCAGUCAAAGUACGGCGGCGCGCCGGCUCGCGCGCUCGCUGCCUUCGGCCGAGCCUGGUACGACAGGUUUCAAUGAAAAACCAUUUUCAUCACUAAAAAGAGGCUCCUCAGAGCUUUAUUGGCACCCAUGCGUGUGUAAAACAUGUCAAUUUAACGCGCCGGGGAUGGACGGUAGGCGAAAACUGCGGCAGUGUCUUCCGUUAUACUUGUGAAUGUGAUUGACUGCUUUAAGAUUGCAGAUGUUUUGAUGAGGUGGCGCCACCGGAACGCUGUGUAAAUAUACUAAAUAUUGGUCUAUUCAAGCAAUAACUUAGAAACCCCGUAGUUCUUAACUAAGUCAAAUUCUUCCAUAUGUGUAAACUGUGUUGUGUAAAAAUGUGUGUGAACCGUGAACUGUAGUGUAAAAUGGUGGUAAAAUGCCUGCGCGGUCGUCGUCUAGUUUGAUGCGACCGUUCGUGGUGCUGGCCCUGCCCGGAAUGUAUUUGCUGUACAAGUACAACCAGUACCGACAGCAGCAGAUGGAGACCGCGCGGCGCCGCGUCACUGAGCGGGAGCUUAUGCACCUUAACACCAAAAUCGAUAAGUUGCUCAAUAAACUAGAGGAGAAUGAGCCAGAAUUAGCAUCAUCGCCUGAAGAAGAGUGUGUAAUAUGCGUGAACGCGAAAGCGACGAUGCAGACCUCGCCGUGCGGGCACCGCGUGGUCUGCCGUCGCUGCUUCGUGAAAACCAUCCAAAUGGCCGUCAGCCAACGGCUGCUGCCACUCCGCUGCGUCAUCUGCCGCGCCAAGAUCCUGCGGCUGCGGCAGGCGCCGCGGUUGGUCACUAGCAAGAGCUGGCAGGUGUCAAGCGGCAGCGGCAAAUCAUGGGGCGUGCCGGGCUCCGUCUCCAGUUACUCGGUGGGCGCGCGCUCCGUGCCCGCCUCCGCUUCGCUUUACUCUGUGACCAGCGGCGAGUCUUCCCUCUCCGGAGUGUCUUCCGUAUCGUCAAACAGCGGCGGCGUGAGCGCCGGCUGCUCGACGAAACUCUGCGGUGGCGCCAAAUGCGGUGGAGCCUGUCUGGGCGCCGUGCCGCGUGCCUCGGCCCCCGCGACCGCCCCACCGAGAGCUAGGCAGCCUGCAUCUAAUUCGCUGCGGCGCUCGCAGCAUCAUAGCAUGAAGGCCCGCCUACAAGACUACCAAGUGCACAGCUACACGGGCGGGCCGGGGCCGGCGGGCGAGCCGUCGGGCCGGCUGCCCCCCAUCCGCGAGUUUCAGCGCGAGUUCCGCGAGGGCCGCCGCGAGAGCGCCGCCGCCUCCGCCUCCACUAGGAUAAGAUGCGCCCAAAAAAUAGUAACACAGUUAGAAACGUCACCGCAAAAAAACACGGACCACUUCUUUCGACCACUCAAAGCGCCGAGCAAAGACGACCCGCCCAAAUCCAGAGAUCACAGCAAAGAGACUGAACGGAAAAAGGAUAACCCCAAAACUAAGCCCAAAAAAGAAGAUAAGAAAAAGAAAGAGGAAGAGUCUACAAAUCAAGAAGAUAAGAACAAGAAAGAUGAAAGCACUGACAACAGAAAGAACGAGAUAGCGGAGCGAAAGAAGGAAGAGAAGCUAAGGCUAAAAGCGGAAAAGGAAGCUAAGAAAGAAGCGAACAAGCUGGCUAAAGAGGAAGAGAGACAAGCUAAACUCUUAGCCAAAGAAGAAGAACGUCAGGCCAAACUAUUAGCGAAGGAAGAAAAGAAGAAAGCCAAGAAGGAAGCAAAGCUUGCGGCGCAAGCGGAAAAGGAGAAAAACAAAUGAAGAACCGUUAAAAUUUUUACAACGUAGUACAUGUAGCUGUCUAGAAACUAGAUUCGGGUAUUGUAAGGGUCUCCCCAAAUAUAUUGACGCGGUAGAAAAAAACCUUUGUUACUACGCAAUAAGAGCGAAAAAGGCGUCGGCGCGUCGACAGGCGCCGCGCCGUGAGCCGAGCUGAAUGACAAUUUUUUCGCUCUUAUUGCGCAGACAGGCCGAAUCCGCAUGUAGGGAGACCCUUAUUGAGGGAAUCGUAAAACAAUUUUAAUAGAACGUAUUCAACAAUACUAAAUAGUCCAUAAAACACAAUUAUGAUUAACUACAAUAACAAAUAGGACGUAUAAACCGUGAAAUGUGUUACGUUACUUCAUUAGUCGUUGCUUUGAUACUCAUUUAUAGAACUUUUAUUUUUUUAUACUUUUGUUACAAGCAGAAAUCUGUUGUUUAAAUUAGGAAUGUUUAGUUGUAAGAUCUUUAAUUAUGAGAAGCAAUCUAAUAGGUACAUUAGUUGGGUCAUAGUUGGAACUCUACAAACUGUGAAGACUGAACGAAUGGGAUAAAGCAAUCAUAUCGUUUUGUAAUUUACUUGUGUAACAAAGAGUAGUUAAGAGCUUUGUGCAUCCGGCGCCGCCAAAUGUUUAUUUGUGACGAUCUCAGGGAAAGGGGCCUAAGUGCGACAGAUACUUUUAUUAUAUACUCCCAUAUACACUCACGAGCAACGAAAAAGAGUCGUUUUGCAUGAUAAUGUCCUUGCAAAGUGACCCAUUUUCGUAACUCUUGAGUUUAAAUGCGACGCUUAUAUCCUAGCCGACUCCGACGAUACUUUUUGUUUAGCACGAGCCGUCCGAAUUUAUUUAUUUAUUUACGCGACUAUUAGAAACACCCUUAUCGCGCGCUAGUCGCACUUAGGGCGCGAUUAGGCUGCGUUUCCACCAGAGAUGUGUAGCGAGGGAUGUAUGUUCAAAACCAAUAGAAUCAUUUCAUUUACCUAUCCUCGCUCAACGCAACUCUAGUGGACAAUACCCUAUUGGUUCUUAACAAACACAAUCUCGCACGUCUCUGGUGGAAACGCAGCCUUACACUGGGCUGUCUUCGACUGUCUGUCGCAACACUUGCCUUUAGAUCUCAUUCCCCUAAGAACGCCACAUUUGACUACAUAGGUACUAAUUUCUUGUACUUAGUUUGUCUGUAAGUAAAGCUUAUAUUAUGUAUAUUUAGUCAAUUAUUUUUUCAUCAUUUUAAUAUUAAUUAUAAUACACAAAAGUAUACAAUAAAACUUAUUAUGGGAAUAUUUGUUAUGAAUACUGAUUUGAUAUCUGUCAAAAGAAGAAUCAAACGACUAAAAAUAUAUUAUCAUCCAUACUAUUGCCUAAAGUGAAAUACCCAUUACAGACUCACUCAUAUAUUUACCUCUAUCACGAUGGAUUGAGACUUCAGAGCUGUGACAAUGACAAGUACCUACUAAUUAUGCCAAAAAGGUACCCUAGCAUUUGAACCACAAUUUACUGUCUUGGAAGUAUGGAACCUGCAACUGCUUGCCAAUCACACUAUACGCAACUACAAGGAACGUGAAAGGUACAAGGAAAAAAAUAUUAUAAAUUAACCCCCCAUGCCCCAUUCAACUCCAGUAUGGCAAACCUCAGUUAAAUUUUGUCUUUGUCUAACAAAUACAAAUGUCAAAAAGACGGAAAGAGACAAUCGUUUUAUUGACGGGAUGUUGCGUAAAUAUUCCCUGGGAGUCCUCAGACCCUAGCCAAAAUGACCAUCGUACAUCGACAAACGCGAAACGAAAAGAAAAAGUCACGUGACAAUUUCCAUACAUUAUUUAAGUUUCAAUUUGCGUUUUCUAUGAACGAUUGUCACCUUGGCUAGACCCCCUGAGGGCCUAGCGCGAAAACCGAAAUUCGCAAAUUGCGGGGAUCUUUCUCUUUUACUCAAAUGAAGGCAACACAGAGUAACAGAGAAAGACCAAUUUCGGUUUUCGCGGUUAUAGCGUUGGUCUUGAACGGGCCAAGAAAGUGUUUUCUAAAACAAAGAGAUCAAUAGGUAUGGUACAAUUAAAAUUCUUACCAUUGUCAUUUUCAUUUACAAAUAAAAUAGCAUCAUAUUUUAACCCAUUGUAAGAUUAAACGCGUAGAGAAUCAUAUCAAACCGCAUGUAGCAUUAAAGUGCUAGUUAAGUGUUGAAUAUUAAUUUUGUAAGGAUUCCAACUGUUGGAAUUUAUUGUCAAUCGUUAGAAUUUUCCUGUAAAAUAAAUAACAAUGUUACCAUA